CCGGUACCGCGCUCACAGCCCCGGUGCCGCGCUCACAGCCCCGGAGCCGGGCUCACAGCCCCGGUGCCGCGCUCACAGCCCCGGUACCGCGCUCACAGCCCCGGAGCCGGGCUCACAGCCCCGGAGCCGGGCUCACAGCCCCGGAGCCGGGCUCACAGCCCCGGUACCGCGCUCGCCGCCCCGCGCGCUGCCCGGCCCGCCCUCCCUGAGGGGAGCCGGCGGUGACGUCACGGCCGGGCCGCCCGGCAAUGGGCGCCAUUUUGAAACCGCGAACCCUCCCGCGGCUCCGGGCGGCUCCGUCCCGCUCCCGGCCCCGCUCCCGGCCCCGUUCCCGGCCCCGUUCCCGCGGCUCCCCCCGCCAUGGCAGUAGUGGCGAGAGCUGGAGGCGACGGCGGCGGCAACAACGAGGUGCAGUGGUGCUUCUUGCAGGUGAAGGGGGCGAUCGACGAGGACGUGGCGGAAGCUGAUAUAAUUUCAACAGUUGAAUUUAAUUACACUGGUGAUCUUCUUGCAACAGGAGACAAAGGUGGCAGAGUGGUUAUAUUUCAAAGGGAACAAGAGACUAAAAGCCGUCCUGUCUCUCGGGGAGAAUACAAUGUUUACAGUACCUUCCAGAGUCACGAGCCUGAGUUUGACUACUUGAAAAGUCUAGAAAUUGAGGAAAAAAUUAAUAAAAUUAGGUGGUUACCACAACAGAAUGCUGCUCACUUCCUGCUGUCUACAAAUGAUAAAACUAUUAAACUAUGGAAAAUAAGUGAAAGGGAUAAACGAGCCGAAGGUUAUAAUUUAAAGGAUGAAGAUGGAAGACUUAGGGAGCCUUUCCGAAUCACAGAACUACGGGUGCCAACUCUGAAGCCCAUGGACCUGAUGGUGGAGGCGAGCCCGCGCAGGACGUUCGCCAACGCCCACACCUACCACAUCAACUCCAUCUCUGUCAACAGCGACUACGCCACGUACCUGUCUGCAGACGACCUCCGCAUCAACCUCUGGCACCUGGAGGUCACCAACAGGAGCUUCAACAUCGUGGACAUCAAACCAGCCAACAUGGAGGAGCUGACAGAGGUGAUCACAGCAGCUGAGUUCCACCCACUCCAGUGCAACGUCUUCGUGUACAGCAGCAGCAAGGGCACCAUCCGCCUGUGCGACAUGCGCUCGUCAGCGCUGUGCGACCAGCACUCCAAGUUUUUUGAGGAACCUGAAGAUCCUAGCAGCAGAUCAUUUUUUUCAGAAAUAAUAUCCUCGAUAUCUGAUGUGAAAUUCAGCCACAACGGGCGAUACAUGAUGACAAGAGACUACCUGUCUGUCAAGGUGUGGGACCUGAACAUGGAGAACAGGCCCGUGGAGACGUACCAGGUGCACGAGUACCUGCGCAGCAAGCUGUGCUCCCUGUACGAGAACGACUGCAUCUUCGACAAGUUCGAGUGCUGCUGGAACGGCUCCGACAGUACAAUCAUGACUGGAUCUUACAACAACUUCUUCCGGACGUUUGAGCGGAACACGCACCGGGACACCACCCUGGAGGCCUCCCGGGAGAGCAGCAAACCUCGUGCCAUCCUCAAGCCACGCAAAGUGUGCACGACUGGCAAGAGGAAGAAGGACGAAAUUACCGUUGACAGUCUGGACUUCAACAAGAAGAUUCUGCACACAGCAUGGCACCCAAAAGAGAACAUCAUCGCUGUAGCUGCCACCAAUAACUUGUAUUUAUUCCAGGAAAAGGUUAACUAAGGAUGGCUGCCCGCGGACAGAGUCUCGUCUCGCAUAGUUCAGCUCAGUUGUUUAUCUGUAACAGAAGGCCUUGUUGUCCUAUCAGUGAGGAACAUUGAUGCACUUACUUCCCUUGAGCUAUCGGAGAGCAUCUGGCCUGGCUUUGAGUCCCUGGCGUGGUUCUGCCUUCGGUGGGGUGGGAGCGUCCACGCGCCUUUCGGGGAGGGCAGAAUUGGUGGACAGUGCUCAAUGAGGCCAACACUCAAAACAAAUGUAUUUAUUGAUGUCUGAGCCUUCCUUUCCAGUUUAUAGACCAAAAAAUUUAACACCUGAGAAGAAAAAGUUGUCAUAAAAGUGUAAUUUCUCUCUGCUCUCUCUGCUGUAAUAUUUGGGCCUUCCAGAACAUUUCUCAUGCUUGAUGCCUGUACCUUCCUCCUCGGGCCCGGGGCCAGGGUCUGACCUCGGAGCGCUGCAGGGCUUGAGGUGGGUCUAGGCAGGUGUCCAUGGCUAUUUACUCACCAACUGUACCUAUAACCACACCUUCUGGUGGAAACCACUUAAUAAAUAACAGCCUAUCAAACCUGUUCUUAGAGCUGGAGGGAUGUAUUCAGUCUUCUUUUUGUAUUGCAUGUCCUGAGCUGGUGCAGAACAGUUCUGGUGGCACCUCUGACAGGGUUUGCCCCAAAACACCGAGUUUUUGGCAGACUAAUACAAACUUUUUGUGUAGUAUUUCAGAUUCUAAAUUUAGAGUUUCCAUGGCAUUGUCAUAGAGUUGGAGUUGCACUGGAUUUGUUGUCAAAGGCUCUGUGUGUGCCAAGUAGGAGAUGGAAAGGGUCCUAGAAACAUCCACAGCCUUAACCAAGUGUCGGCCUUGCACGGAGGGAACCAAAACAUCGACACCUUCUCUGCUCUGAGGAUAAAAAUGCAGCUUCUCUGCUGCAUCUCAUCCUCAGCCAGAGACAGACCUGACGUGCAUUAUGGUUUUUAACCUUUUUAGUAUUUGUCACGAAGGGAACAGUUUAUUUUAAGUAUUUGGUGUAGUAUCUUGUAUUUCCCCCUGCAGUUCCAGAGCCGCUCCGGGCUGGGCUGCCCAGGGAGGGCCACGCUGAGCCCAGGCUGGCGGGACAGCAGCUGCUGGAGCUCUCUUGCUCACUUGUUUUAAGCCUUAGGUACUGUUUCUUUCUUUGAUUUUUGUUUUUUUUUCCUUCCAAAGAGGCCUAAAUCACAUCCCCUUCCCCCGGAUGAGCCCGGGGCCACAAGGGCAGUCCAGCAGCCCCCGGCAGCCAGAGGCUGCACUCUGCCAGGUGCCUGCAGCCUGGGAACUCCUUCCCAGAGCCCCAAGCUUUCCCCCAGCAAGCCCCAAGUGUGGUUACACUCCGUUCUCCCUGGAACAAAGGCGUGUUCCAGUCCCAAGAGCAAACCGUGGCCGUCCCGCCCCUCCCGGUACCGCCCCCGAGCCACUGGGUCCCAGGAAGGUGGGGAGGACGGAGCCCGAGGUUCUCCCAGGAAAGGCUGGGUUCAGCCACUUGGUUGUGACACUUUGGAACUCUGGAGAUGUUGGAACUGGGGGGUCGCUGAAGCGUUGAUCCGACCGCGUUCCCAACGCCUGCUCGAGCCGAUCCGUGGGGUUGUACAUAAUUGUUCAGUUCUUUUGACCAAAAAGUUUAAUAAAUUUUAAAUGUUUAC